CAGUGACACGAGAGACGUAGUGAGCAGAGCGAUCUACACGUAUCUGUCAGCGAUGUACACCAGAUCCACCACCGUGAGCUUCACCUACCCGACCUACAGCGCCUACAGACUGAAGGCGCGCAGCACCGAGCCUGAAGUGUUCACCUUCGACCGGCUCCCGGAGCAACACGUCAAUCCGCCGCGGCAGCAGCAGCAGCGCCGCAGGGUGGCGCGGGUCAUGUACCCGGCUAAAGUGCGCAAAUACCUGCCGCCGGCCGAGAAAAGCCUCGCCAAGCGCUGGCUGCUUGCGCUGUGCCUGGUUCUGCUGGCUCAGAUUUACACCGAGUGCGACGACGAGCACGACAUCACCGAAGCGGCCGCGCUCUCAGACGCUCUCGCUGUUAAUCUACCAGGCGAUGGUGCGUCUGCGUCCUCACCGCUCUUCAUACACUUCCCCUCUGCCGAGGAGACCGCCAGGCGCAUGACCAGCUGCUCCAAAGACUCCGGGCUGCUAAUAAACUCGACCUGCUUGAUGGAGGAGACUGAAGUGCAUGAACACCACCAGCAGAUCCGGCAGCAGAGAAACAACCCGUAUGUGGUGGCGCUCCUGUAUCCCGCUGUUUACCACACACUGGGCUCCGAGCAGUGAAUCCCUCCAUCCUCCACUCAUCCAGCCAGCACUGAUGGAGCUCUCACUGUCCUCAGGGGCAAGACAGAGACACACAGACAGACAGGCCGAGCUGAAGUCACAGAGACACCAGGCUUCCACGAGGAAGAAAGUGUUCACAUCAGCCGGACUGUUCUGUACACAUCUGCAUCAACAUCUGCAUGAAUCAUGAACUGAAUUAUUAAUUAAUACUGAAUCAUGAAUGAAGUGGUAAAUUCAGCACUUUCACUGUGCCAGGAACCGGACAGGAACUGACACAGAUAAUCUGAACACUUAUGUGGACUGAACUUGAAUUUGAAGUUUACUUGAAGCGUAUUUUAAAACUAUGGUACUGUGUAGGACACAACUACAAUCCUGAGUGAUGACGACGAUGACGAUGAUGAUGAUGAUGAUGAUCACUGUCACUUCGAACAACACUUGAACUAUUUAAAACAGAAGUUAGGGUCUGAUGAAGAAAUGCUGUUACAUGCUUAUUUAUUCUGUGUUAUUUAUUGAAUUAAUAUUUAAUGUCCUAUUUAUUUUUCUGUGUAAAAUAAAAGAUGAAGUUUGCCUA